AUGCACUUUCCCGCCGGAGAGACCGUCGUUGAGCCACCGACGCAGCGGCAACGUUUAGAGGACGAGUCUGUGGAGGAGAAGUCACUGAAAGAGCGUCUGCGCAACUCGUGGCCGCAAUUUAACCUUAGCAAUGACGGUGGCAAAGACCCGUCAGUGUCGGCAAGCGCGCUGUGGUCGAUGCUGUUUGAUCACGAUCGCGCACACGAGCAUUGCCAUACAGAGCGCUGGACGGUGCGCAGUCGCUUUGGGGCCCAAAACCGCUUUGCUCUCUGCGCCACCUUCCACUCCAUGGCCGUCGUCAGUGAUGUCGACCCGCCAAAGGAAGACUCUCUGCUGACCCACGCACGCGUGGUGAACUGGUCCAUCACGGACCACGAGACCAAAAAGUAUUACCGUUUCUGCGCCUCAGGCGACCGUGCACCGGCACUCUUCUCGAUGCUCAUCGCCAAGAAGACAAUACGAAAUAAGCCUGUUAUGCUUCAGGCGGUGCUGGAGCAGUUUAGUAGGGAGCAUUUGGUGCUGCCGGACCAGCUGCUGGACGAAGGUGCUUCGACACGGCUGACGGAGCUCGAUGUCCAAUACGGAAAGAAUACUCUAAAGUCGACCGUGUCCGCGGCGGGUCGCGCACCUCAGCUGCGCAUCCCGAAGUACAGCCUCCACCUCGAAGGCGUAAGCAACGAGCAUGAGGAAAAUGACUUGUCGCGUGAGGUGCGCGCCGUUGUUGAUCUGACGUUCAUGCCUCGUAGUGUUCCGCCAGCACUCGAUGGCAUACAUGGCGUUGUCUCCACCGGCAACUGGGAGGACGACGAGUUCUCGUACUGCCUUCACCACACUCGGCUGCUCAGUGGCUCGCUGCGAGUGACACGCGCGUCAGACAAUCUCGAACUGGCACGCGACUUGGAGGUAACUCGUGGUAGUGUUUGGAUGGAACACAGCUUCGGUGGGGUGGUGCCGCGCAGCAUGGAAGAGGCGCGCAUCGUGCAAGCCCUUCGCAACCGCCGCAUUGCCGAGGAGACGGAGCACACGUUGCACGACCACUGCCUCAUUCGCCUAUACGACGAGGAGGCCCAAUGCGUUAGCAUUACCCGUUUCAUGACAGCGGAGACGGGCACCGUCACGAAAUGCUACGCCACCGUGCACUCUGCGGUGAGCAAGGAGGCUAUCCAGCACACGAGUGGCGUCACCAUGAUCGAUGAGACAGACGAAUCCUACAUGAGCAGUGAAACCGGCGUCGUGUACCCGACGCGGUGGCGCGUCGAGUGCCCAACGCACGAUGGUUGCCGCAUUGAGCUACGCCUGGUGGCAACACUGGCGAAUCAAGAGAUGAUCACGUGGCUUGCGCAGCCCAGCGUGUGGGAGGGUGCCGUGAAAGUGAGAGGCAACGUAAUCAAAGCCGACGGCAGCGUCACAGAGGUGAGCGGGGACGGCUUCGUGACGAGCCGCGGUCGCGGCAAGCUACAGGAAAGCAAUCUCUUUGCCAUGCUGCACAGCAUCGGGUCUAACGCGAUGAAACGGGCAGAGGUGGCAGCCAUGGAGUCGUGGGAGGCGAUCGCCGACGGUCCUGGCGUAGUCGCGUUGAGUGGGCUCAAAGAAGCCCUCAAGACGCAGCAGUUCGCGUUGACCCCCUCUCAACAGGUGUUGCUGGCGGCGCUCUUCGGCACGUACGGCUUCAUCUUUCAUCAUCCUCAGGAGGUGGAGCAGGUGAAGAGAGCGUUGCAGUGGUGUUACAACCGAUGGAUGACCUUUUACGGUGCUAGCGCCAUCAACUACCGGACUCUAACGCUUCGCGCGUUCAUGAUGCAAGAGCUGUGUGAUGUGACUCACGCAAAGUGCGCCACCUGGAUCCAGAAGCAGGCGCAGGCCUUGGAUAUUGCGGUGCCGGUGCCCUAUCUGGUCAACUCCGACGUAGCUGACAGCUGCGUCUUCGCGCAUCCGGCACGUAGUCUACUGCUGCAACCGCCGUCCACAUUGGAGGUGGCGCAGAUUAAGGCACUCAUGACUGGCACCUGGAUCAUGGACCCGGAGGAAACGGAGGGUAGUAUGAACGCCGUGUUGCUUGAGCAGGGCGUUAAUGUUUUGCUCCGCAGCGUGAGAAACAACACGGUGCCGACAUGGGUCGUUCACGUGAAUCACGAGAGCAAGAAGAUCGUGAUUGAUGAAGCGACCAUGCUAGAGCGCCGCCACUUCAUCAUCGCGCUCGACGGAACGGAGUGGACGUGGGAGAGCAUCUCGCGCGGCUGUGUGAGGUCUCGUUCGUGCAUCUUGUCGGGCGGGCGAGAGCUGUACGUGGAAACGGAGGUGCGAGAGGGAAUUGAGCGUGUCUGGUACCAGUUUCAGGAUGGCGACCAGACGAUGGUGCAAAAUAUCUUUUACUUUACCAAUCGGACGACGUCGAAGCCUGUGGCUUCCUGCAAGCGACACUUUAAGAUACAGCUCUCUCUUGCGUCCCCAACAUCGGCUAAGGCGUAG